CAAAAUCUCUCUCCAUAGCACAUAAUAACACCCAUUUUUACCCUUCAAACAGACCCCAAGUGCCGUGUGUAAAGCCAUAUGGGGUCAACUGUCAAUCUCACCAUUUGGAUCAUCAAGGAAUAUAGUGACGUUGCAUGACUCGUGUUUGUGUGGAGAAUAUAAUGAAGGGGUAAUGAAGGGGUGAAGGAGGGCUUCUGAGGAGGUGUAUUUUAGGGUUGUUUAGUGUAGUGCCUCGUCCCCUGCAGCCGCCAAUGUCUCCUAUAUCACGUGUGGAGGUUUGUUGUUGCCCGUUGUGGGCAGACACAGCACCAGUUGAGCCACAUGGCACAAUAAUUCCAGGGCUUCCACUUCUGGGUAAAUUACGCCAUAACCCUUCACUCCAGCAACGCCAACGUCAGCGUCCGCCGGCAUCACCAUAUGGAAAGGGUAGUAGGUGUUGGUAGACCAUCAGGAAGUGUUUAUAGAGUAAGCAGCAGAGAAGAGAACAGUCUCCCCUGCACUGCCAUUACCCAACACGACCACCACCACCACUAGCAGCUGAUGCCCCUGGGGAGUGCCAGGCCUGGAUGAUGAGUUGCCUCCCACUGCACCCACCUGGAUAGAGACACUUGAAAUGCUUAUCUUGCUGUCUCUUGCCUCCUAGUGACAGAUAGUGAUGUGCUUCAUCCUCCGGAGACAAUCCAUUCAUCCUUGGGCAAAGCAGUGACCCAACAGUGCUUUCAGAAAUACAGUUAAUCAAUACACAGUCAAAAUGGCAAGUGUUACCUCUGUUAUCAGCAUUGAGGGCAUGACAUGCCAGUCAUGCGUCAAGAACAUUGAAGGGGUCAUAGUCACCUUGCCGGGGGUACAUUCCGUCAAGGUGGACCUGGAGGGCAAGUGCGGCACAGUGAUCCACAACCCCAAAGUGGUCCUCGGGGCACAGCUAGCAGACAGGAUCGACGAUAUGGGGUUCGAGGCGAGGUUACGGGAGCAGAGCGAGACCCACGUGGAGGUUGAGGGGAGUGGUGGUCUUCCCAAUGGCGAAGUAAGGGUGGAAAACCUGUUGGGAGAGUCCGUCAACUGUGCCUGUGGAGACCAGCUGGUGCAGAUCUCAGUGAAAGGUAUGACGUGCAACUCAUGCGUGAGGAACAUUGAGGGGAACAUUGGCCAGAAGACGGGUGUGCGCUCCAUCCGGGUGUCUCUCAAGGACGAGCUGGCCACCCUCAUCAUCACCCCAACAGAGGUCACUCCAGAGGCUGUCAGAACCAUGAUAGAUGACAUGGGCUUUGAGGCAGCAUUAUUGCAGAACAACUCUACGACAGUGACGGUCGGCAUCGAGGGCAUGACCUGUAUGUCCUGUGUCAAGAAUAUCGAGUCUACAGUGGGAGAGAAACCUGGUGUUUUUAUGAUUAAGGUUAACUUGGAGGAGAAGAAAGGAGUGGUGUCCAUAGACCCCAAACUGACCACCCCAGGGCAGGUGCGGGACCACAUAGAUGACAUGGGCUUUGAGGCGACGCUGCUUCAGGGGGACGCAGGCCAAGCUGUGGAGACCUGUGUUGUGUCCAUCAAGGGGAUGACCUGCAACUCUUGCGUGAAGAACAUUGAAGGCGCUGUGGGAGGGAAGCCAGGGAUUGUCAGCAUAAAAGUCAGUUUGGAGAAUGAGGAAGGCACAGUGGAGUUUCAGCCGUCUGUAGUGAGUGCUGGAGCUGUGGCAGAAAUGAUAGAUGAUAUGGGGUUUGAGGCAGCUCUCAAGAACACAGCAUCCACACCGAGCAAAAAAAAGAAGAAAAAAUCACCCCACAACGGCAGCGUCACCAGCUCGUGGCAGGAGAAUGAAGCCUUUGAGGGGGAGGACGCUGACCUUGAGAAGUGUUUCUUGCGUAUCACGGGCAUGACCUGCGCCUCCUGCGUGGCUGCCAUUGAGAAACACACCAGGAAGAUAAGCGGUGUUCACAGCAUCCUGGUGGCCCUGAUGGCAGCCAAGGCGGAGGUGCGCUACGACCCGUCGAUGGUGCUGCCGGAGCAGGUCGCCGCCAGCAUAUCAGAGCUUGGCUUCCCCACCUCAGUCAUGGAGGAGUCGGGCGCUGGCCAAGGAGAGGUGGACCUAGAGAUCGGCGGCAUGACCUGUUCGUCGUGUGUGUUUGCCAUUGAGUCCAACGUGAUGAAGAUGAAGGGCCUCAAAUCAGCUGUUGUGGCCCUGGCGACGGAGAGAGGGAAGUUCCGCUUUGACCCCGCCAUCACUGGACCCAGGGAUAUCAUAGAGUGCAUCAAUGGCCUCGGUUUCUCUGCGACGCUGUACACUCGGGACACCUCUAAGGGCAACUACCUCGACCACAAGAAAGAAAUUCAGAAAUGGAGGAAUUCCUUCAUUGUUUCUCUUCUUUUUGGCGUGCCGGCCAUGCUGGUGAUGGUUUACUUUAUGGCCAUGAUGGAGCACAUGACCCACGAGGAGAUGUGUUGUGUGCUGCCAGGCCUGUCCCUCGAGAACCUGCUCCUCUUCCUGCUGGCUACCCCUGUGCAGUUUGUUGGUGGGCGUCACUUCUACAUCCAAGCCUUCAAAGCGCUGCGGCACAAGACAGCUAACAUGGACGUGCUGAUCAUGCUGGCCACCACCAUCUCCUACGUGUACUCCCUGGGCGUGGUGGUGGCCGCCAUGGUGCUGCAGCAGACCGCCAGCCCCAUGACCUUCUUCGACACGCCCCCCAUGCUGCUGGUCUUUGUGUCCCUCGGUCGCUGGCUGGAACACAUUGCCAAGGGCAAGACUUCAGAGGCCCUGGCCAAGCUGAUGUCACUGCAGGCAACGGAGGCUACCCUCGUAACACUUGACGAGAACAGUCAGGCCAUCGCAGAGAAGGUCAUUGAUGUGCAGCUCAUCCAGAGGGGUGACAUACUCAAGGUGAAGCCCGGAGAGAAGGUCCCCGUGGACGGCCGUGUGGUGUCAGGGGAGAGCAUGGCCGACGAGUCCCUCAUCACUGGGGAGUCCAUGCCGGUGGCCAAGAAGCCCGGCUCACAGGUCAUUGGGGGCGCCAUCAACCAAAACGGCCUCCUCAUGGUCAGGGCCACACACAUCGGCAGUGACACAACCCUCUCGCAGAUAGUGAAGCUGGUGGAGGAGGCGCAGACCUCCAAGGCUCCCAUCCAGCAGCUGGCGGACAAGAUCGCCGGCUACUUCGUGCCCAUGGUGGUCAUCGUGUCCUCCCUCACCCUCAUCGCCUGGGUCAUCGUCGGCUUCGUCAGCAUCGAGUUGGUGGAUGCGGAUCACGAACAAAAGGAGAAGGAAGGGUUCACGAGGAUAGAAAUCAUCUUGGAGUUUGCCUUCCGGUGUGCCAUCACGGUGCUGGCCAUCGCCUGCCCCUGUGCCCUGGGCCUGGCCACACCCACGGCCGUCAUGGUGGGCACAGGUGUCGGGGCGACCAAUGGCAUCCUCAUCAAGGGUGCAGAGCCUUUGGAGAACUCCCACAAGGUGAAGAGUAUCGUGUUUGACAAGACCGGCACCAUCACACGAGGCACUCCCACCCUCACCCGAAUCUCCCUCUACGUGGACGAGUCUAUCUGCUCCUUGGCUCAGUUCCUGGUGGUGGUGGGCGUGGCAGAGAACAACAGUGAACACCCCAUUGCCACAGCCAUCUCCAAGUUCUGCAAGCAAGCUCUGGGUAACCUGAACUCUCAGUGUGAGGGCUUCAAGGCAGUGUCUGGGUUUGGCCUGGAGUGCGUCGUCUCAGGCACGGAACACCUCAUGCAAGCUGCCCAGUCCUCCGAGAUGCUCCUCAAUGUUAAAAAUCUCACCAUCACUUACAUCAACGAGUAUGGGCUGACGGACGUGCUGGACCAGUCACCCCAGGAGCGAGAAGACAUGUUCCUUGUGGGGGAUGUGUUGAUAGACUACUCCCACCAGCCCGGCAGGUCUGGCGCGGACAACAUUGGCAGCUCCCUCAUAUCUCCGGACGACAACACUGCCGUCAAGGAGCCCUACAAGGUGUUGAUUGGUAACCGGGAGUGGAUGAAACAGAACUCAGUGGCGGUGCCCAAGAAUGUGGAUAUCCAAAUGGGGGAGCAGGAGGAGCUUGGCCGCACCGCUGUCCUUGCUGCCAUCAACGGGCAGCUGAUAGGGAUGAUGGCUGUGGCGGACACCAUCAAACCCGAGGCAGCGCUGACGGUCUACUCCCUCAAGAAGCGCGGCCUCAACGUCAUCCUGCUCACCGGGGACAACCAGAAGACCGCCACCGCCAUCGCCAAGCAGGUCGGCAUCACCAAGGUGUUUGCUGAGGUCCUGCCAUCACACAAGGUGAAGAAGGUGAAGCAGCUCCAGGAGAUGGGGCACAAGGUGGCCAUGGUGGGCGAUGGUGUGAAUGACUCGCCGGCCCUGGCACAGGCGGACGUGGGCAUCGCCAUUUCCUCAGGAACAGAUGUGGCGGUGGAGGCAGCAGAUGUGGUUCUCAUUAGAGAUGACUUGGUGGACGUUGUGGCUUGCCUCGACCUUUCCAAAAAGACUGUUCGGAGGAUCCAUCUCAACUUCAUCUUCGCCUCCAUCUACAACAUCGUGGGCAUCCCCGUGGCCGCUGGGGUGUUCAGGCCGCUGGGCUUUGUGCUGCAGCCGUGGAUGGGGUCGGCAGCCAUGGCCAUGAGCUCAGUGUCUGUCGUGGUGUCUUCUCUCAUGCUGAAACUGUACAGGAAACCCACGCGGAAAACACUCUCCACGCUGGACUACCACAAGGAGCAGGAGACGCGCUUUGGGGGCCAGUUCGAUGACAACAUCUCAGUGCAUCGCGGCCUGGACGACAUCCCGGCUCCCCCCAGCCCAUCCUCAGCCCUCUCCAGAGUGAGGAAGAACCUUCAAGGAUUAUACAGGUCAACCAAACCAGAUUGUGAGUGUGCAGGAAUGAGGUUUGGGGGAAAGUGUAACUGCAGCUAUACCCAGAACCUCAAAGCAAGGUUCAACGCUAUGACGGGUGUUCAUUUGGGAGGUGAGAGUGACGCAGAGCUGGAGGAACUGUUGCCUAAAGUUGGGAUAGUGGAAGGAGGCUUAGGGGAGGUGUAUGAUGGUGGCAGUGUUGUGGGUGGUGGUGGUGGUGAUGGAGCCACACUGGAGCCUUCUGAGUCUCUGGUGAUACAGCUCUAGCAAGUAGCACCCAUCAGUUUUGAUCUUUGGAACGCUGCGCAGCUCAUCCUGGCAAGGCCACAUGCCCGUCCCCACCGAAGACGAGGAAGGCGAGGUGGAGCUCAAGUUCCUUCCUGGUUAAUUGUGAACUUUUAUGUAAGAAUUAGAAAUGUACUCAGUCAUGAUAAGGUUUGUAAAUACUUCCUAAAUGGCCACUGUGUGUUCUGUGGCACCACCGCAUGAGUCACCCCUCAGAGACUCGUGUUUGUACAUUGAGAAGACUCCACGCUCAUACCAAGUGCUACUUACAGUACAGUAGGGGAGAGGUGAACACUAUACUCAGGCUUCCUUGCACACUGGGUAUUGGAUCAGGGCAAUUUCAUUCCAUUAUUGACAAUACUCUUAAGGGCCCAAAGAUUUCCCCUCAGUGUUCCUUCAGACUAGAGGGAGACUUGUAUAUUGAGGAUUUACUUGUCCAUGCAGGAAGGGGAGCUUGCUAGCAGGCAGAGACUUCCCUUUGACACCAUUCCAAGAGAAGCAGAGAGGAGGUCAGGUUAGGGACAGGAAACAACCAGGUACCAUUCAUUACAGGAAAAUUUCAUUAGGGCACUGCAUUCCUUCCAUAGUUCAUGAAUUACUUCACUGUGCUAUAACUAAAUUGUGUUAAUGAAUUUAUUUCUUGUGAGUUUUGUGUUGAUAGUUGUGUAUUUCAUGUUGUCGAGGAGAGACAUGGUGCUAUGGCUGUCUUAAACAAGUGUUGUUGUUGAUGUUUGUGUUUAGUAGCUACUACCUGAUCCUCUGCAGUGUCCCAUGUCAGGAUUUAAAGCCCCCCCUCCCCAAGGGUGUUGGUUCAUAGAGGUCUUAUGUGUACAUGUGAUAUUGUACUUAAGGAAGCUAAAAAGUAGCUAUAACCAUAAUUGAGAACAUACUAUUCUGUAUAUCUGUGUGUGUCAGGGGACACUAUUUUUGUAUCACAAGCCUACAUAUAUGGAGACACUUAACUUGCCUUAGAUAGUCAACUUCUCAUAUUUAAUGUAAGCAGAUAUUUAUUAUACAUGUCACACUUAAUGUGGAUAGCCACAUUUGCCACAGAAGUGUAAUGCACUAUAAGGCAAACAUGCAGAGAGAAAGUGA